AUGCUCCUCGUAUACCAGGUCGGGAGCGUCAAGAUCGGAGAGGUCGUCCGCUACACCGUCACCUACACGCCCUCGCAGGACCGAAUCCUGCCCUCGCCCGAGCGCCUCUACCUGCGCGUCCGCAACACCUCGGCCAUUGCCCUGCGCGCCGCCUUCGUCCACGGCCCUUACACGCUGGGCGCCGCCGCCUACCCGUCCAACUUCAACCCCAACGUCAAGUUUGCGAACCCCCGCCGUUAUGGCGUGCCCGAAUUCGAACCCAUGCUCAAGGCCGGCGGCUCGUGGGAGUGUGAGCUGCUCGUGCCGGAGCACAUAAGGCAGAGCGCGGGUACCGGAGGUGGCGCACAUUUCGGCGGCGGCGGCGGGGCAUCCGGGCAACCCGGGGAAACCGAGACCGAGUGCGCCUCGUGGAUCGUAGAGGUGUCGUCGCAGGUCAUCUUCUCCACCUCGGCCGCCGUCGGGUACGAGGUGACCAUUGCGAGGGACGCCAAGUCGCUCAACCUCAGCUCGUCGCUGCCCGUCAUCGGCGGCCAGGCGCAGGUACCGCAGCCCGGCAAGGUCGCCGAUCACCAGCAGAGCGUGGGCGCCAAGGACGGCCACCAUCCGGCGCAGCCGAAGGGCGUCUUCUCCAAGGCGAUACGGCUCAAGGUCGAGGACACAGCCGCGUUGUGGAACACCCCGAGGCUUCCGGGCUGGGACGACCUCAACAUUGACCGCCUCAAGAGCCGCGCGAAAAAGGACCAACCCGUGGAGAGUGUCGUCACCCAGGAUAGGCCGGCGGAAGAAAAGCCCGAAAUCAAGCAGAAAAAGGUGCACCUGGUCGUCCUCACCCAUGGCCUGCACAGCAACCUGGGGGCGGAUAUGCUGUACCUGAAAGAGAGCAUUGACCAGACGGUAGCACAAGCAAAGAUUGAUGCCAAGGCCCGGCGUGCCAAGGAGCGCGCUGAGAAGAAUGACACUGACGGAGACAAGACCCAAGAUGACAGCCCUGCGGAAGACGACGGUGACGACGAAGAGGUCAUUGUGCGAGGCUUCUCGGGCAACGCGACAAAGACUGAAAGGGGUAUCAAGUACCUGGGUAAGAGACUGGCUAGGUACAUCCUGUCCAUGUCGUACCCCGACCAGCCAUUCUUGCCCUCGAAGAAGGGACACGCAGAGACCGCCGUCUCUGCCGUUUUCAACAAACCAGAUUCAGACAGCAGCAAGGCGGCCCACAAGCACAGCACGAUACACGAAAAGGUGUCGGACGAAAAGCGUCCGUUCAAGAUUACCAGCAUCAGUUUCAUUGGGCAUUCUCUUGGGGGUCUGAUUCAAACAUACGCCGUUGCAUACAUACAAAAACACUCGCCAGAAUUCUUCACCAUAAUUAAACCAAUCAACUUUGUCGCCCUCGCCACACCCUUCCUCGGCCUCAGCAACGAGAACCCCUUGUACGUCAAGUUCGCCCUGGACUUUGGCCUGGUCGGCAGGACGGGUCAGGAUCUCGGUCUUACGUGGCGAGCGCCCACCAUUGCGAGGAGCGGGUGGGGAGCCAUUGUCAGCAACCUGGGCGAGAGCGCACACAAGAGGGUCAUGGGCGAGGUGCAGCCCGAGUCGAAGCCUCUGCUGCGGAUUCUACCGACGGGUCCCGCGCACACGGCGCUCAAGAAGUUCCGCAAUCGGACGGUCUACUCCAACGUUGUCAACGACGGCAUCGUGCCGCUGAGGACGAGUUGUCUCUUGUUCUUGGACUGGCAAGGACUGGGACGUGUGGAAAAGGCGCGCCGGGAGGCCGGCUUGGUUGAGACGCUGGUUGGCGCCGGCUGGGCCGAACUGACGGGCGGCAGUCUGGCACCGACACCGAGGAGAUCUAGCGCCUUCCUACCACCAGACGAGGCAGAGGUGUCGGACGACCACUCUGGGAAUAUCACGCCUACGGCACCGACGGAUGCUGUCGAGGUACCGCAGCCACCAUGCAAUGCCAUGGUCGAAGACGACCGAGCGAGUCUGCGGUCGGUGCCCACGCCGUUCAACGAGAGCGGCCCUGAGGGUGCCAAGGAAACAAAAAACGGUCCGUUUGCCGGCUUCUUUUCCCUGUUCAAAGGCAGCGAGCAGACGCAGACCAAGACGCAACCAAAGACGCCCAGCAUGUCCAACAAGCAGAACAAGAUUUACAAGCGCAGUCAGACAAUCAACUUUGACGAGAUCCCGCAGACAUCCGGCACAAAGGUUACUGCGGGCCACGAGCUGGAGCGGGACCAGCAACACGUCGCGCCGCCGAGGACGAGCUUCUUCGAGUCUGCGCACGACCUGAUCAACCCCAAGAUCCCGACGACGGAGUACCUCAUCGACCCAUCGAAGCGACCCAGGGCCAUCUUCCACGACCGCGUGUACCACCCGAGUGACAUACCACCCCCACCAUUAAAGAAGAAGCCCACCGGAUCGCUGGCGUCUCGGAGAAGCACGUUCCGAAGGGCUGCCUCGACGGGGUCUGGCGGUUCGAGGACCAGCACGGACUCGUCACCCCACCCGUCGCAGCGCUUCUCGCACGAGGGCACGAUGGACUCGACGCGGGACUACGACGACACGAUCAACACGAACUCCGACAAGGGCCCCGACGAAGAGAUUGACGGGUCGCAGAUGCGGGUCGAGGAGAAGAUUGCUCGAGCCUACCACCGCGGUCUGGCGUGGCGCAAGGUUUUGGUGAAGCUGGAACCCGACGCGCACAACAACAUCAUCGUGCGUAGGAUGUUUGCCAACGCCUACGGUUGGCCAGUCGUCAAGCACCUGGUCGACGCACACUUUAGCGACUCCGCCACGGCGAGAACGCGCGACGAGGACGCGGGGUCCGACGAGCUUGCGUUGGACGUGGGCCAGGCGCCGAACAAGUACGGCGACGAAGUCAGGGACAGCGGCGUGGGGUCGACGGGCGGCGACGGAUCCGACGAGAGGCCGAUUGUGGGGAUGUUGUCUCCCAACUCGCAGCGGGAAGCGGCGGACCGGGUGCCGGAUAUGCAGGCGCCGCCGAAACGGCGCUCGUCCUCGCGCAGCUCGUCGGCUAGCCCGCCUAGGAUCACGCGGUCGACGAGGCCGCAGCGGCCUGAGAGGGUUGAUUCCAUGACGUGGAGUGAUCGGGAUUGGGCGGAUGAUAGCGACGAUAGCGAGACGACGGCGACGACGGCGAGCGUCAAGAGUCCUACGGUGGCCGAGUUCAAGGAUAAAGAGGGGAACCGGUCGCCGACGCCGCUUGGUGGGUGGAAUUGGACGGAGAAGAUUGUCGGGAGGGGGGGAUCGAGUCGGAAGACGUCGCCCAAGCCGGAGACUCAGGCUGCCAAGGGGGAUGUCAAGGCUGAUGUCAAAUCUGAUGUCAAACAUGAAGUCAAGGACGAUGCCGUCAACACCGACGAUGUCAAGAGCGAUGACGGCGGCGUGGACUAA